GAGAGAGAGAGAAACGCGCCGCCGCAGCAUCCAGCAGCAGCGCUACCAGCGGCCGCCACACACUCGGGCGCUCGCACAACUAUACGUAGCGACACACGGCGGCUUUACCUGCGUGCGCGUGGGUGUGCGUGAGCAGUCGCGCGCGCGACAGAGAGAGAGAGCUGACGCUGCCGCUGCCGCCGCCGCCGCCACCGCCACUGCCGUGCGCAAGCCAGUUAAGCGCGCAACGCUCGGCCGCGACGUUGCUCCUCGCUGCCUCUACUCAUCAUUCCAGCUCGUUGUUGUUGUUGUUAUUGUUGUUGCUGUUGUUAUCGUCGCUUUCGUUUCCCGAAGCAGAGCUUUGCCGUCGUAGGCUGCGCGAGCUCAUCGUCCGCGCUGGUUCUUUCCUUGUUGUGUGCGCGACAAUAGCCGGAGUGUAUGGAGUAUAGCAAGAGCGCCACAGGUGUGUUGGAGUGUGCGCGAGACAAGUAUCUGCGCUUGUGUUCGGUACCUGCUACUGUGAGUGUGCGCGCGAGCGCGACGCUGCCGCCGUCGCCACCGCCACCACUGUGAGAGUGUGCAAGUGCUACCGUGCGGAGAUAAGCCAGCAGGUAUACUGGAAACUGCUGCGCGUUUUCUCUUGCCGAGCGGCCGACUUGCUUGGAGCUCCUCUUCGCCGCCGCUAAAUGUGAGGCUUGGCAGCGCCGUUGCCCGUCGACGAGAGCACCCACGGGAAUACGCAGCCGAAUCGGCGAUCGGAGAGCGCGCGUGGAUCGACGAGCAGAUCGUCGAUCCGCAGAGUCGCCGACUGAGAUGCUAACCCGAGCCGCAGCGAAGCAUUAGCGUCGCCUUCACUGCAAGUUCAUCGCCCAAGGACAGUGCGAGCACCAGACGGCAAAAUGCCAACAAUGCCGACAGAUCUCGUGGUGACGUCGGCUUCGGUCACGGAGGAGACUUCACGGACACUGAGCCAAUCCAUAUCGCGUCCCGGUCCAUCAACGUCAGCUUCGUCAGUAGGGCGAGAUGGCGAAGGUCGCAGUAGCUCCUCGUCGCGUGGAAGCUACGAAAGCGCAAGUUCCUUAAGCUCGUACCAUCAUCAUCACAGUUUGGUGACCGGUUUGGGCCAUCCGCAUCACCAUCGCGAGUCAUCGGCGUUCGUUCCGGUAGUACCAUCGCGGCUCCAUCUAGCGGCCUACCCCGGGGACAUGCAUGCUCACAUGUCUGGUCCAGCGCCGCCACCAGGUUCUUCCUCGGCUAGUUCCUCUUCGGGCUCUGUCAAUCAGGAACACGACAACAGCUCCGAAGGACCGCCAGUCAGAAAAAGCUCGUCGAGCUACGAGAUCAUGGCAAUGAUGGCCGAUAAAAGAAAAGAACUCGCAGCAAGGGCGCUACUUCUGCCACCUCCACCGAUGCUUGAGCCGCCACCAGGCUAUCCAGUGUUUCCUGGACCUUUCCCAGCCGGUUCCAGCCUCUAUCCACCCGGUGGACCAUUAGGCCAUCAACAUUUGGAUCGACGGCUAAUGCGGGCACCGGGCCGUGCAUCCAGGCCUAAGAAGCAGUUCAUUUGUAAAUUCUGUAACAGGCAGUUCACGAAAAGUUAUAACCUUCUCAUUCACGAGAGAACGCAUACGGACGAACGACCUUAUUCUUGUGAUAUUUGCGGAAAAGCUUUCCGUAGGCAGGAUCAUCUCCGAGAUCAUCGGUACAUCCACAGCAAGGAAAAGCCAUUCAAGUGCGGCGAGUGCGGCAAAGGCUUCUGCCAGAGUCGCACCCUGGCUGUGCACAAGAUCCUGCACAUGGAGGAGUCCCCACACAAGUGUCCGGUGUGCGCGCGCAGCUUCAAUCAGCGCAGCAACCUGAAAACUCAUUUGCUCACCCACACCGACCACAAGCCCUACGAGUGCAACUCGUGCGGCAAGGUCUUUCGACGGAAUUGCGAUCUCAGGAGGCAUGCUCUUACUCACGCAGUCGGCGAUGUGCCUCCCGAGGCCCUCGAGGAGGCGUUGCGCGACGACGACAGUCCCGAGGAAGACUGCGAGCCGGGAGCCUCGCCAUCCGAGUCUGCUCCCAGUAAUCCGUCGUCCUCGCAAGCAGCGGCACCGUCCUCCGGCAGCUCGGCGUCGAGCUCGAGUAUGCCUGGGCCGUCCUCUGGCAGCAGUUAUCCACCGACGGCACUGCCCAGCCGGCCGCACCUACAAAUUCGGCGGGAUCUGCUGCAAGUGAAGCCCAGCACAAUUAUGAGCACCGGCAAUCCUCCGGGAGCUCUGCCACCUCCUCCCCCUCUAAUGUUGUCCUCCUACAAUCGACGAAGGAUCGGCUCGCCAGGUCCCUCGCGCGUGCUGCUCGAGUUGCAAGAACGCGAGCGAGAACUCGAGCGAGAACGGGAGCGCGAGAGGGAGCGCGAGAGGGAGCGCGAAAGAGAACGAGAGAGGGAGCGCGAGCGAGAGAAGGAACGCGAGAGGGAGGAAGAGACCAGACUAGCCAGAGCACCAACGCCUCAACCACCCCCGCCAUCGAGACCGCCGCCAGCCAGGCACGGAUUCACCAUUGCAGAUAUCAUGCGAAGAUAGGUAGAUGCGUAAGCUUGCGACUGUCGGAUUUUCACAUUUUCUUUGUUUCGAUUCAAUUUUUAUCGUUGAUAAUGCUCUCUGGAUUUCUUAGAGGCAUAAUAACUUGAAGCCAGAGAUUAUCAUUAUCUCUACGUUUUAUUGUCGUACUUUUGUACUUUUUACAAAGACUUCACUUUCGCAUGUGAAUAGCGCUAACAGCCCAGUGAUGCAGCUGCAUAUAGUUGUCAAAAAAUUAUUUGCCUAAUUCUAAGAUGGAGUCUGCACUCUAAGAAAUUACGAAAGUAUUUAUUGUUUUCCAUUAUGAAAAUUCUAUGAAAUAUAAAUUUGUAUGAAAAACUUCAAAAUUCAGUUGUAAUUGGUAUUUUAAAAUUUCGAGUGGCUCGGAUUUAUUGUUGUACGUCAAGAACUAAUUAUCUUUACAUGUAAAGUUCCAAGAACCUAGUUUAAAGAUCUACAAGAAUUAUAAAGACUCUAAAUAGUUGUUAAGUAAGAUUACAGCGAGGAUAAAUAUAGAGGAAACGAAUAAAAGUGGCGUCUACCUUGGUGAAGGCGUAAUUAAACAUAUAUAAAAGCAAUCGGUGCAAUUGUAUGAAUCUUGAUGAGUGAUAUUAUAUAAUUGACACAAAAAUACGAAAGAUAGAAAAAGAGGGAAACAGCAAAUGAAAAUACAUCUUAAAUGAAAAUGAUAAUUAAAUUAAAAGUAUUUAUGUAUUUUUCUAGAAGUAAGCUUAUUACAAUUAUUUUAACUAAAACGUAUUGAUGCAGAUUUUAUCAACGACUUGUAUAUACAGCGUAAUUCAUAUUUUGUUAAUUAAGUCUAAGAAAUGAAGUGAAAGUUUAUGAACGAGGUGGCAAAAUAUCAAUACUAGAGUAUGAAUAUCAAUUCACUAUUUUUAUAACGAAUACUUCCUACGUCUUAAAUGGCAUAUAUUUUGAAAGUUAUAAGUUGCUAAUUACAACAUCUGUCUUUCUAAAAUCUUAAAUGAAAGGUAUAUAGCAAAGAUCUUUUGCGCUCGAACUUGAGCAGCUCCGUUUAAAAAAUAUUUUUGUAAUUUUCUGCCCUCAAAAAUGUUUUGCAGACGAAUAUCAAAAUCACAAUUUUUUUUUCUUACGAAUUAAGUGAUGUUAAACUCUAUUUUAGAACACAAAAUUGAAAUCUGCUCCAAUUCAAAUAUUAAGUUAUAUGUUGACGAUAACCUUGCCAACUACUACAUAUACAAGUAAUAUAUUAAAAUAUUUCAAUAUGUUUGUUUACAAUGAAUGAAAAUCAAACAGUAUAUUUGGAUUCUCGAACACGAAGCACUUCGUAUUGGCAAACAAGAAAAAUGUCUUUCCCUUAUUUUAAUUGGAUAAUUAUAUUCCAUCCGCAGUCCAUGAUAAUUUUUGAUAAAGUUUUAUUUAGUGAACGAAUUUUAUCUGCAUACAAGUAAAAGAUUAAGUGUUCCAUAUAAUAGAUGGAACAUGAAUUUUUAUCGUUAAAUUAAUUAAAAAAUUUUAGAUCUAAAGCUAUAAUGAUAUUACAACUAAAUAAAAAUGAUUCUAACUUUUAUUAAAGAACUAUUGAUAUAGUUCUUUUAUAAACACCAUGAGCGAUAUCCUUCUGUAGCAAUUAAACCAAUGUUGUCAGUCGGUUUUUUAAGUCGGCACAUUUCAAACAAAAGAAAUGCAAAUGACGGUCUUUAAAACCACUUGUACACAGUUUACAUCUUUUGCUAGCAAUUCUAAUCAAAGCUAUAGAAAAAAAAAAUUUCAAAAAAAUUGCAUUUUCCAAAUGCAAUCAAUUCAAACGAUGGACAUGCACUUAUUAAAUUGACGGUAAUUCUAGACCUGUAUAAUUAAUUUGAGAGCAACUUUCUAUAUACCUUGCGUUUAGUAAACAGAUGUUGGAAUCGAAUGAAAAAUGUAAUGCUCUUCGAUUUAUGGAAUUUUUUGUUUGUAAUAAAUAGUAUACAAUAUUUUAGACAAUCGAGAGUUAAGAGUUCGUAAUAAAAUUAAUAAUAGUUAUUAAGAACAUGCCAUUUGAAAAAAUCAAAUGUGUAUACAGUUUAUUGUGAUAUAUAAAAUCUUCGUUUUAUAUUUAAUAAAUUUCAGAGAUCUUCCAGAAUUUAAAAAAAAAUAUUUUUCAACAUGAAAUUAUACGUUGAAUACUUUGUACUAUAUGUUUAGAUAAUUUUAAUGUUAAUUUAAUAAUGUACUGUGGAAUCUUUUUAGAUUUCAUUGUAUGUUAUUAUAUAUUUAGUAUGCAAUACUAUGAGGGUACAAAAAUUUUACUGAAAUAUAAUUAUGAGAAAUAAUCAUUCUCUUUACACUCUUCGAACUCGUAUCUAGCAACGUUGCAGAAUUAAUCCGUACUAUAUAAAUAUACAUUGUAAACUGUUAGUGCCUGAGAUUUGAGCACGAAUUGUUGUAAGUGCAACGUAAAAAUAUGCGCGUUCGUCGCAUAUUACAAGGAUUAUAAGCCUAAUCAUGUAAGUUGUGUAUUAUUAUAUACUUAAAGUGCCU